AGAAAUGAAGCAUCAGUGGCAGUAAUGUGGCAAUACACGUGAAGGCUCCAAAAUGUAGCGUUAACCAUGGAUCACCACCUCUGAUUACUUGUCCUCGUGCUCAAAUAAAUACUAUAAACAGUGGAAAGUUGUCUUCUCUUGGUUAUAUAGUACUGAUUUUACUUUUUACAUGUAUGGGUUUGAGCUGUUGAGGAUGUACAUAAAAGAUAUUAACUUAUGAUAACAAAACAGUUUGUGGCGUUAUUUUGAACAGAAAACAUUUGUUCUGGCCAGUAUGAAUAGUGUAGCAUGGAACAGUAUAGCCCUUUAGCCCACGAUGUUGUGUUGACCUAUAUAAACCUACUCCACCAUUAAUCUAACUCUUCUCUCCUAUCUCAGGAGUGCCUAUCUAAGAGUCUUUUCAAUGUCCAUAUUGUAUCAGCCUCUACCUCCACCCCCAGCAGUGCGUUCCAGGCACCUACCCUCUGUGUUUUUAACAAAAAACAUACCUCUGACAUCUCCCCUAAACUUUCCGCCACUCACCUUAAACGGAUGUUCUCUGGUAUUGGCCAUUGCCGCAUGAGGAAAAAGGUGCUGGCUGUCCACUCUGUCUAUGCUUUCAGAAUCUUGUACACCUCUAUCAAUUCGCCUCUCAUCCUACGACGCUCCAAGGAGAAAAGCCCUAGCUCACUCAAACUUUCCUUAUCAGACAUGUUCUCUAAUCCAGGCAGCAUCCUGGUAAAUCUCCUCUGCACCUUUUCUAAAGCUUCCACAUCCUUCCUAUAAUGAGGCAACCAGAACUGAACACAAUAAGUGGUAACUUUCUGGGUUGAAGGUUUAUUGUGCAAGUUUCUUGUGUAAGGGUUAGUUUUUGUUAGGGUUUUUAGUGUAAGGGUUAGAUUUUUAUAACUUUAGUAAGUGUUUUAAAAGUUUUUUCUAAGUAGUCGAGUGGGGGCUGGACUGUGCAGACGCGGCACAGGCAGCUUAAGAAAACAAACAGCCUUUGGAGCGGGCAGCAGAGUGAGAGGCAGCAGAGUGGUCGGGCUUUGGCUCAAGGGGCUUCGGCGUGAAGGGGUAAGGAGGGUAAGUAGCUGGUAAGUAGGUAGAGGUAAGGUUUGUUGUCUAUUAUAGAUUUGUAGGUGGGACUAACUAGGGAAAAAAGAAAGGUAGUCAGAUGGAGGACAUGGUCAUAUGCUGCAGCUGUUUGACGUGGGAACUCGUGGACCUUGCUGCGGUCCAAGAUGGCCACAUCUGCAGUAAGUGCUUGAGGCUGGAUGAACUUCGGCUCAGAGUUGAUGAACUGGAGUUGCAGCUACAAACACUGCGCAGCAUAAGGGAGGGAGUGAGUUAUGUAGACAUGGUCCAUCAGGUGACAGUCACCCCCUUUAGAGCAGGUACAUCUGAGGUUCAGGAUGCAGAUAGAAUUGUGACUGUCAGGGGAGGGAAGAGGAAGAAGAAGUCAGGCAGGCAGACAGAGCAGGGAACCCUGGAGGCUGUUCCCCUUAGUAACAGGUUUUCUGCCUUGGAGGCUGUUGAGGGAGAUGACCUGCAGGGGCCUAGCUGCAGUUACCAGGUUUCUGGCACUGGGACUGGUACUGCUGCUCAGAAGGGAAGGGUGGGAAAGAGACGUGCGGUAGUGAUAGGGGACUCGAAAGUCAGGGAAACAGAUACGAGGUUCUGUGGCAGUGAGCAUAAAUCCCGGAUGGUAUGUUGCCUCCCGGGUGCCAGAGUCCGAGAUGUCACUGAUCGGGUCCACAGGAUUCUUGAGCGGGAGGGAGAGCAGCCAGAAGUUGUGGUCCAUGUUGGCACCAACGACAUAGGUAGGAAGGGGGAUGAGGUCCUGAAGAGUGAGAUCAGGGAGCUAGGCAGAAGAUUGAGGAACAGGACCUCAAGGGUAGCAAUCUUGGGAUUGCUACCGGUGCCACGCGAUAGUGAAGGCAGGAACAGGAGGAGAUGGCAGAUAAAUGCGUGGCUGAGAAGUUGGUGCAGGAGGGAGGGUUUUAGAUUUCUGGAUUAUUGGGAUCUCUUCUCGGGAAGGUGGGAUCUGUACAAAGAGGACGGGUUACACCUGAACCAGAAGGGGGCCAAUAUCCUUGCGGCUAGGUUUGCUAGGGUGGUUCGGGAGGGUUUAAACUAGUUUGUGAGGGGGAAGGGAACCGGAGGAGUAGGUCAGAGGAAGAAGAGGAUGGGGAAAAGUUAGAUCAAACAGGUAGAGAGGCUUUGGGGAAGGAGAAGCAGAAUACAGGCUAUGAAAGUAGUAAGGUAGAUGGACUGAAGUGUGUUUACUUAAAUGCAAGAAGUGUCAGGAAUAAGGGGGAUGAACUGAGGGCUUGGUUAAGUAUGGGGGACUAUGAUAUUGUGGCUAUUACUGAGAUGUGGCUGACAUCAGGGCAGGAAUGGAUAUUGAAUGUUCCUGGUUUUCGGUGUUUUAAGAGGGAUAGGGAAGAGGGGAGAAGAGGAGGAGGGGUGGCAGUACUGGGCAGGGACACUGUUACGGCUGUGGAAAAGAUGGAUGUUGUAGAAGGAUCAUCUCUAGAGUCUGGGUGGAAUUAAGGAACAAGAAAGGAGCUGUUACUCUGCUAGGAGUAUUCUAUAGGCCCCCCGGUAGCAGUAGAGAUAUAGAGGAGCAGAUUGGCAGGCAGUGUUUGGAUAGAAGCAAAAAUAACAGGGUUGUUAUAAUGGGAGACUUCAACUUCCCAAGUAUACACUGGAACCUGCUUAGUGCCAAAGGUUUAGAUGGGACGGAAUUUGUUAAAUGUGUCCAGGAGGGAUUUCUGACGCAGUAUGUCGACAGGCCGACUAGAGGGAAUGCCAUGCUAGAUCUAGUUUUAGGAAAUGAACCGGGACAGGUGAAGGAUCUAUUGGUGAGCAUUUGGGGGACAGUGACCAUUGCUCCAUAACCUUUAAAAUUGUCAUGGACAGGGACAGGUGCAGAGAGGAUAAGAGGAGUUUUAAUUGGGGAAGGGCGAACUAUGAGGCUAUAAGGAGAGAACUUGGGAGUGUAAAUUGGUAUGUCCUUUUUGAAGGGAAAUGUACUAUGGAGUUGUGGUUGAUGUUCAGGGAUCUUAUGCAAGAUGUUAGGGAUAAAUAUGUCCCGGUGAGGCAGAGAAGGAAUGGCAGGGUGAAGGAACCGUGGGUGACGAGAGAGGUGGAACGACUUGUUAGGAAGAAGAAGGUAGCAUACAUGAGGUAUAAGCAGCAAGGUUCAGACAGGGCCUGUGAGGAAUAUAGAGUAGCGAGGAAGGAACUUAAGAAAGGGCUGAGGAGAGCUAGAAGGGGACAUGAAAAGGCGUUGGCUAGUAGGGUUAAGGAAAAUCCCAAGGCCUUUUUCACGUACGUGAAGGGUAGGAGGAUGGCUAGGGUAAAGGUAGGUCCGAUUAAAGGCAAAGGUGGGAGAAUGCGCCUGGAGGCAGCGGAAGUGGGAGAAGUUCUCAAUGAAUACUUCUCUUUGGUAUUCACCGAGGAGGGGGUUCUUGAUGACGUGGAAGGGAGUGCUGGUAAGGGUAAUGUUCUCGAGGUUGUAGAUAUCAAGAUAGAGGAUGUGUUGAAGUUGUUAACUAAUAUUAAGACAGAUAACUCUCCGGGGCCUGACGGGAUUUUCCCCAGGCUGCUUCGAGAGGCGAGGGAGGAGAUGGUUGAACCGCUGGUAAGGAUCUUUGAGUCCUCGUUGUCAAUGGGGAUGGUGCCAGGGGAAUGGAGGGUGGCGAAUGUUGUCCCCUUGUUCAAAAAAGGUAAUAGGGAUAGCCCAGGGAAUUAUAGACCGGUGAGUCUCACAUCUGUGGUGGGUAAGCUGUUAGAAAGGAUUCUAAGGGAUAGGAUCUAUGAACACCCAGAGAAUCGUGGACUGAUUAGGGACAGCCAGCAUGGCUUUGUGAAGGGAAGAUCUUGCCUCUCAAGCCUGAUAAGAGUUCUUUGAGGAGGUGACGAGGAAGAUUGAUGAGGGUAGUGCAGUGGAUGUGGUCUAUAUGGAUUUUAGUAAGGCGUUUGAUAAGGUUCCUCAUGGUAGGCUUCUUCAGAAGGUCAGAGGGCAAGGCAUCCAGGGAAGCUUGGCUGUGUGGAUUAGGAAUUGGCUUGCCUGUAGAAAGCAGAGGGUUGUGGUGGAAGGAGUGCCCUCGGAUUGGAGGGCAGUGACUAGUGGUGUCCCGCAGGGAUUGGUUCUGGGACCUCUACUUUUUGUGAUAUAGAUGAUUUAGAUGAGGGGGUGGAAGGCUGGGUUAGUAAGUUUGCGGACGACACUAAGAUCGGCGGUGUUGUGGAUAGUGUGGAGGGCUGUCGGAGCGGGGCUGACAAGUGGCAGAUGGAGUUCAAUCCGGAGAAGUGUGAGGUGGUACACUUUGGAAGGACAAACUCCAGGGCAGAGUACAGGGUAAAUGGCAAGGUACUUGGCAGUGUGGAGGAGCAGAGGGAUCUGGGGGUUCAUAUUCACAGUUCACUGAAAGUUGCCUCACAGGUGGAUAGAGCAGUUAAGAAGGCCAAUGGGAUGUUGGCUUUCAUAAGUCGUGGGAUUGAGUUUAAGAGCCGCGAAGUGAUGAUGCAGCUUUACAAAACUCUAGUUAGACCGCAUUUGGAGUACUGUGUUCAGUUCUGGUCGCCUCAUUAUAGGAAGGAUGUGGAGGCGUUGGAGAGGGUGCAGAGGAGAUUUACCAGGAUGCUGCCUGGUUUAGAGGGUAUGGAAUAUGAGGAGAGGCUUAAGGCGCUAGGGCUUUAUUCACUGGAAAGGAGGAGGAUGAGAGGAGACAUGAUAGAGGUAUAUAAAAUAUUGAGAGGAAUAGAUAGAGUAGACAGUCAGCGCCUCCUUUCCAGGGCACCAAUGCUCAAGACGAGAGGGCAUGGCUUUAAGGUUAUGGGUGGGAGGUUCAGGGGAGAUGUCAGGGAGAGGUUUUUCAUCCAGAGAGUGGUUGGUGCAUGGAAUGCGCUGCCUGGGGUGGUGGUGGAGGCAGAUGCAUUGGACAGGUUCAAGAGUUUGUUGAAUAGGCAUAUGGAGGAACGUGAGAUAGAGGGAUAUACGGGAGGAAAGGGUUAGAUAGUGUGAGGGUGGUUUGAUGGGAUGGCACAACAUGGUGGGCCAAAGGGCCUGUUUUGUGCUGUAUGGUUCUAUGGAAAUAUUUUAUAAUGAAUAUUUGCUGCACCAGCCAUGCAGCUAGUGGACAGGCUGCUUGGGUCUUAUUUGUUAAUACCAAGUUAAUGGCAUCUAUAAAUGAUACCUAUUGUAUUCUAGUGCCAUGAUUCAUGGGUGCCACCAUUUUUCUAUGUCUGCUGAAAGCAGAUGGUUUUUGGACUUGCUGGACUCCAGCAGUGACUUUUCCUACCCUCGUCUCCUGAAAGGAUCCCCAAAGAUCUGUCAUCAUUUCUUUGUUCACUCUUGGCAACGAUAUCUGGAAUAGCACCUAGUUUUGUUCCUCUGCCUCUUGUUCACCCCUGUAUGAGCUGGAAUUUUGUUCAUUUAAUCACUACAUCUCUGCCCUAGCUCCUGAUUCCAUCCCUUGCUGGUCACUGUUGGAUUUCAGCAACAGGUUUGCACCCUUAUCUUUCAGUUUUGAGUCUUAUCUAACAGUUUCUUGCUAGCAGAGUCGUCCACAGCUGCCACCACUAAUAAUUGUCCAUCUCCAUUGUGCCUCAUGCCAUCAGGUUGUUUCAGUCUUCUCACCUGCUGCACUCAUGAAUUUAAGCUCAUUCAAAACUCUUCUGCUUAGUCUGCUAACUUGCAGUGUGCCGUUCACACAGUUUCCUUGAACUUUGUAUGUUAUGGAUUGAAGAUUUUAAAACUUUAGUCCAUGCAUUCAGAUAGUCCGUGACCACUGGAAAGGAACCAGCAAAGUAUCGUGUGAAAUAAUAUCUAAGUAUUGAGGCUGGAAAUCCCUCAACUUGAUUAAAUACGCAGGCGGAAUAAACACUUUUCUAAUAGAAUGCUGUCUACAAGAAACCAGCACUGUGCCUCAAAAGCCCAUUUAACUGUAUAAUAGAAUCAGUCUGAAGCAUCGACUCCGACCUCCUGAGUAUUUCCAGUUCUAUUUCUGAUUUCCAGCAAUUUUAAUAUAUUACGUUUGGGAAAACUUGGGUCUGGCAGUAUCCGAAGAGAGAUGGUUUCAGAACAAUUUUGUGUAAUGGGCUCCCUGUCUUUUGCCCUGAUAAAUAAACUGAUCUCUGGAAUUCCUCACAGGCUUUGUAGUGUGUACUGGUUGUCUAAGCUUGGGUUCAGGUGGCAUUUGUCACAUUACUGAUCUCAGCCUUCUAAUGGCAUGAAUUCAACCAUGUAAGCACUUCAAUUCUCUAUCCUACUUCCACUGACUUUGAUCUUCAUUGUUCGAACAACAGCUGAUGUAAGCUCAUCGCCAGCUUGGCACAAGUUUGUAAGAACAGAAACAGUAAUAGACCAUUUGGUUCCUUGUCUGUUCAGCUGUUCAAUACGAUUAUGACUGAUCUUUUAUCUCAGCCACUCCUAUGCAAAUACCAUGAGGGGUAAACAAAAAUCUGUCAAUUUCUGCUCUGCAUAUACUCUGCAACCAAACUCCUACACCUCUCCUGAGAAGAGAAUUGCAACGAUUUGCCUGCCUGUAGGUAAAGAAAUUUGUUCUCCACCUGGUUCUAAAUGGCUAUCUCUUGGUUUAAGAUGCACCCCCCUGCUUCUGGACAGGGAAGAUAACCACCCUGCUUUCACUUUGUUAAGCCCUGUAAGAAUUUUCUGUUUCAAUGAGAUUGCCUCUCAUUCUUCUAAACUUGAGAGUGCAUGAUUCCAGUGGGCAUAAUCUGUUAAAGGACAGUUCCAUGCCAUUCCCAUCCCAGAAAUGUGGUGAGCCUUUGCUGCAUGCUCCCUUUCUCAAGUGGGGAGAGCUGGCCUGUCCACUGUUCCAGGUGCAAUCAGCAGCAUUCUGUAUAGUAGCAAUAGGAUGUCUUCAAUCUUGACCUAAAGCCUCUUGCCAUAAAGGUUAGUAGACUAAUAGCCUUUGUAAUUGCUUGCUACACCUUCACAUUAGCUUCCAGCAACUUGUGUACCCAUAUCUAACUGAAUACAAAAUACUUUUCAACUUCUCAAUUAAACAGGUGCACUGCUUUUCUAUUUUUUUUCUACAUAACUGGAUGACUUAAUCUCUUCCCAAAUGUUGCAUCUGCCAUGUCCUUGCCCAGUCAUGCAGCCUGUCUAUAUCCACCUGAAGCCCCUUCCCAUCAUUAGUCCACCUUGCCACCUAGCUUUGCAUCAGUGAACUGGAGAUUUUAGAUUAGAUCCCCCUCAUUCAAAUUACUGAUAAAGAUUGUGUGCACCUGGGGCCCAAGCAUCAAUUCCUGCAGCAUCCAAUAGUCACAGACUCCCAUGGUUAAAAUAACCUAGUAUUUUCUGUCUUAACCAAUCCUCGAUCCAUGCAGAUGUAUUGCCCCCAACCUCGUGUUCUAACUUUGUUCAGUCAUUGUUGUGGCAUUUGAAGGCCACUUGAAAGACCAAUAUCACCACAUUCAUUGGUUCCCGUGUUAGCAUGAGAAAUUAGAGUAGGCCAUACAGACCUUUGAAUCUGUUUCCCCCAUUGAUCAAGGUCAUGGUUGAUGAUCUACCUUGGUGCCACUUUCCAGUGCAAUUCCCAUUUUCAUUUGUUCCCUUAAUGCGCAUGAAUCUUUUUUAAACAAACAAAAUAAUUGAGUUUCACAGCUAUACAGGAUGGAGAACUCCAAAGCUUUUCUGCCAUUUGAGUGAAGAAAUUUUUCAUAUCAGUCCAAAAUGAUCCCUCCUUUUAUUCUCGAUCUACCCCUGGUCCUUGACUCCUUGAGCAACUUCAGAGCCGCAUCUAACCUGUCAUGCCCUUAAAGAAUGUUGUAAG